AUGACAGUCACCGCACAGCAACUUGAUGAGACUUUGUCGUCGGCCAAUUUGGCCAAGGAUAAGUUCACACCCUUUGAUCAUUCCGACAUUCCGUUCGAGGAGGAAGAAUGGCCUGUCAUAAUAAUUGGUUCCAGCAUGGUUGGAAAGACUCUUGGUCUUCUCCUCGGGUAUCAUGGUAUCAAAUCGGUCUCGUUCGAUCGUCACUCCAAAGCUGGAGCUCAUCCACGGGCAGCAGGCAUCAACUUUCGAACGAGCGAGAUUCUACGGCAACUAGGCCUGGAAGAAUUUACUCUGGAGCAGAGCGGUAAAGAGUUUGAUCUCAAUGCCGGUAUGCUUAUCGUUGAAAAGCUAGUGGGCGGCAAAGUUAUCAAACAUCUUCAAGAGCAUGAUCCUGAACAUGUGAAGACCUUUACUCCUUCCAACUGGGUGUGGAUAUCGCAAAGGAUGUUUGAACCUAUCUUGGGCCAGAAUGCUGAGAGGUUCAAUAGCGAACAGCGACAUGGCCAUCAGGUCCUUCUAUAUGAGGAACACGAUGAUCAUGUUGUCGUCGUCGUCAAGAAUCUGAACACUGGCGAUAUCAAGAAGUACAAGACACAAUAUGUGGUUGCAUGCGAUGGCAACCGAAGUCCCACCCGCCAAAAUGAGGGUAUCAGCUGGGAUGGCCCAGGUGUUCUUCGAAACAGUCUUGGAGUCAGCUUCAAAUCAGACCUGAGCCCUUUUAUCGGUAAGAGAAUGGUUCAUGGAGUUGUCUAUGUGGCAAACAAGGACAUCGGAGGAGGUUUUCGACUGGAGAACGAAGGAAAGCAAGGCAUUAUCAUGGUGAAUAAUGUCGGAUCCAAGACCAGCUUCGAACCCGGAACCGUGACAACGGAGGAUGCCAAACAGUACUUUUACCAACUGUCCGGCUUGACUCCUGAUCAGGUAGAUCCCCAAAUCGUAUCUAUGAACUACUGGACUAUGGCGGCAUACACCGCUGGACGCUUCGAGAGCAAAGGCGGUCGUGUCUUCCUUGCUGGAGAUGCCGCCCAUACUAUGCCACCCACUGGAGGCUUGGGAGGAAACACUGGAAUAGCUGAUGCUCAUAACCUUGCGUGGAAGUUGGCAUACGUCUUAUCCGGGAAGGCCUCGCACUCAUUACUCGCAACGUACAACAUUGAGCGACAACCUAUUGAUGAGUUUACCGUUACUCAGGCAUACAACCGAUUCCAGAAUAGGAUCGUUAUCCAGCAGCCACCAGCUUCAGAAGCCCCGGAUGAGUCUAUCGAGCUGGGCUUCAGGUAUCCUCGCGGAGGAGCCUUUGUCCCAGAGGAGAAGUACUCAACUCCCAAGGAGCUCUACGAUGAUCCGGCUUUCCCUUCAGCCGUUCCUGGAUCUCGAUUCCCACAUUCCUAUCUCGACGAUGUCGUUUCAUCUGACAAGCCAAUCUCAACUAUUGACUUGGUAAAGACGAACUUUGUUCUCGUCACAAUAGAUCCUUACUCCCCAUGGGCUGCAGCCGCGAGUAAAGCUCCAAUCGAGAUUGAUGUCUAUACCUUGAACGCGACAUCAUCUCCGUAUAGAGACAUAAAGGGGAAUGUUGAGAAGAAAUGCCGUCUGAAGCCGGGCGAGGCGAUCCUGGUGCGACCUGAUGGGUUUAUUGGUUGGCGAGGCACAAGGGUUGACAGCGGACAUGAGGAGAAGUUGAAGCAUGGAAUCAAUGCACUUCUUAGAAAGUAG